AUGUCACUGACGAUCCAACAAAUCAUUUUGGAUGCUAAAAGACUAGCCGGCCGCCUCAAGGAACGGGAGACCGAAGCCGAUGCUUUGUUGACAGAAACCCAAACCGCGUAUAGACAGAUUUAUACUAUUAAACAGUUCAAGGAAGAAGUUGAUACGCUUAAUGAGGCAUCUCGGGAGAGGCCGAGAGGUGAACUCAUAGCAAGCAUGGAGAGGGAAUCUCGGUUAAUGAGGGAUGUACAAAGGGAGAAUGGUGAAUUAAGAGCUGCUCUAGAAGAUCACCGGAAAGCGCUAGAGCUCAUCAUGUCUAAGUAUAGACAGCACACAGAGAAGAGAAUAUGGGAAUCACAGAUAGAUUUCACAGCAGCGAUCAAUGAAAAGCAACAAGAAUUGAUUCGUCAACAAGCAGAGAGAAUCAAUGAGAUGACAAGUGUAAUGUACAAAGCUGUUAAUAUGGACGAGAAUGGUGAAUCAAGAAAAGAGCAAGAACUGUACCAAAGGCUUAUUACUGAGAAUAAGGGCCUCCGGGAAAUGCUGAAUCUCUCGAGGCGGUACGGGUCGGACAGGGAGUAUGCUCCACCCACGGAGGACAAGGAUGUGCAGACAGACGGGCCGCCGCUGUCGGGCGCGUGACGGUCCGCGGCGACGCCCUGCCGCCUGUGAGCCGAACCCCCCCACACAAGCACCGCACACGUGAACUGUUCCCUCUACUGUCUGUGUAUAUGUGACUAGUUAUAUCUGUAGGUGUGCGGACGUGUUUGUUCACUGAUUCUGGCCACUUCCAGUAUGUACAACCCACACUUGACCCCCGCAGACUAUAGACUAAAUAAUGACAUUAAUUUGGACGAAUAUGUAACUAUUGGCUUCUGCUUUAUAAUUGCAUGGAUUGCAAAAUUAUGUUUGCUGUGUUUUAAAAUAGUACUGAUAUAUUAUUUGAUUUUAUUAUAACGUUACAUUCUGAA